AUGACCAUAAAGGGCCUACCAACUCUCUCCCAAUGAUUCCGAUCCAUAAUAUGACUCAGCCACCUCCUUGCUGACUUCACAGCCUUGUUGAGAUAUGCUAUGCUGUGCAUACUCUACGUCAUCCAUCCGGACCACCCAAGGUUGCACGGCCCUCAUCAGUAAACGGGAUUGUUUGAAAAUUCAUCUUCAUGUAUUUGUUGACCCACUGCAUCCAUUUUUGCUUGUGAGUAUUGGUUAGGGGUGGCCAAAUAGAAGGUUUAUGCAUGACUGCAAGUCUCUGGAGGAUCCUACACCUCAAUGUUCAUGGGACCUCAGAGGCACCAGCAGCUUCAAAUACCUGUUUGCUGCUUUGUAAUGGCUUUUUAGCAGCUUCUCUCUUGAUUCGAUACAUUUACAUUAUGCCUUCAUCGGCACAAUCCCGGCUGCCAUUUUAAUUAGCCACAAAUUUCUUUUGAAUGUUUUCAUGCCUUGUCCAAUGCAUUGCGAUAUUUGACGCUUUUUUGUCAGCAGGGAGAUCCUUUUUCUUUCCCAUAUUGCUUGAGAUCUGUGGCAUGCGUAAUAAUGUGGAACAUCAUUUUGAAGUCGUUUUCUUUUAUUUGAAGUAAUAACAAAAUAAGGGUAUGAAACAGGAACUACGGGGUAAAAGAGAACAUAAACCAAACUAUCAUGCAGGCUAAUUCACCGCGUGACCUAUUAUAUAUUAUUUAGUUAUUAUUGCCCUGUUGUUCUUUAUUGUUAUUUAACGAAGGCAUAUAUUUUGUACGUGCUAUUGUACUGUAUCAGUCAGUGUUCACUCCUUUACUUAUUAAUUUAUUCAUUAUUACUGAAUACGCUCUCUAAAAACUCAAACUUAAUUUUACGAUUAUCCAUCUUUACCCUUCUCUUUCACUAUUAGAAAAAAUUAACGUCGUACUUUGCAAAAUAUCUCCAUUGACAACUGUAGUGCACUAAAUUGUAGUUACCAAACUAAACCACUAGACGGCAGCAAAGGCCGAUAGAUGAAAUACACAAUGCACUUGAAAGGGGCCAAUAAAGAAUGCCACAGGCCACCACAUUACUUCUUAUGUCUAUUUUUGCUGUUGUUUUAUUUUGUUUUCUCGUUUUUUUGUUAUUUAUUUAAUAUCAUUUUUUUAGAAUGUGCUGAAGGCCAAUAAAAAAUGCUACAGACCUCCAAAUUACUUUUUUUUUCUUCUAUUUUUGCUGUUUUUUAUUUUGUUUUCUUGGUUUUUCAAAUGUAUUUCAUUUUAUUUUUUUUAGAAUAUGCUGAAGGCCAAUCCAAAAAAUGCCACAGACAACCAAAUUACUUUCUUUUUCUAUUUUUGCUGUUGUUUUAUUUUGUUUUCUUGUUUUGUUUUUAAAAUAUUUAUUUUUAUUUAAACUGUAUUUAUUUAUUUAUAGAAUGUGCUGAGGGCCAAUUUAAAAAAUGCAGUGGGCCACCAAAUGACUGGUCUUUUUUCAUUUUUGCUGUUGUUUUAUUUUGUUUUGUUUUAUUUAUUUGUAUAUAUAUAUAUAUAUAUUUUUUUUUUAGCAUGUGCCUAGUGCCACGGGCCACACUUUGGACACCCCUGCCUUAGUGUUUCGGUCUGGUUAUUCUUGUUUACGUCGGCCUCUGUGCCAUUACGUUACCGAGUAACGAUGCCAAUGAUAGAUGCUGCACCAUUUUCCUUGCAGAUUACUGUUGCUCCAGCACCAUUGUCAAGCACAAGUUACCAGUGUCACCUGCAGUACCAGUAAAGGAAAUUUACAGCAAAUUGACAGGAAAUUUGAUGGGAAACUAUUUAAAUGGGAGGGCAAUGGGAGAUAGAGCAACAAAAGUAAACGGAGGGUUGACUGGUAUGCAUCAGUGUCAACUCUUAUUUAAUACUGCAUCUAACUUCACUCACGAGUACGGCUGCGAUGCUUUGUCACCGCUUCUGCAGUCGGGGGGCACCACUUUAAAUACUGUGCGCUGUGUGGGAACUAGCCUACAGACAGUUAACCUUGACCACAUGUUCCAACACUACCAACGGACCCUUUAAUGACAACCCAGCGUAAUGACUAACUUGUCUUUGGAAGGAAUGUCCAGUGAACAUAAACCUCCGCCUUUAAGAAGGACUUUUUUUCAGCCUCAUCUAAAGAUUCCAGAACUCCAGAAGUGUGCAAUCAAUGUGCAACUUUUGCAGCAAUCACUUCACUUUGCGUUUGAUAUACAGUACUCCUCCGGUAAAUACUACCCACUACAAUGAAAUGAUUCAUAUUUUGACUCAAGUUUUAAGGGCAGGGGAGGAAACUGUCAUGUCAUGUCAUGACAUCAUCAGCACCGGCGGAUCUGCAUGCUUCAUGGAAGGGCAUAAAUCAUGAGGAGAGGUUCUAUUAGCAUUCACCUUAUGGUUAAAUUAGAGGCUGCAGGACUGUCACUGACCCAAACAUUAGCGCUGUGUCUUUCUCUCCAUGGCAACCAGCUUACAUUUAUGACCUGACUGGAACAAAACGUCUCAUUAAUCACUCAUCAGCUAUUUCUAUGAAGACAGACAAAAAUGUGGACGCACAUAGUGUAUCCUUUAUCAGGGGUGGACAAAGGGGUGUCCAAAGUGCCACCAGGGGGCCAAUUGCGGCCCAUGGCUGUUUUUUUGUUGGCCCGUGGCACAUUCUAAAAAUAUAAUUUAACAACAAAAAAACAAUCUGCAGUAGUUUUAGAAGAAUAAAGUCAAAAUAUUAGGAUAAAAAAGUUGUAACUUUUAGAGAAUAUUAAUUAAUAUUUAAUAUUAUGGGGAAAAAUAAACAUUUUCGUAGCAUAAAGUUGAAAUAUUUAACAAAAAAGUAGUUAUUUGUUUUACCCACGAGCGUGGUUACAAGCGUGGUUUUGGUCACUACCCAAAGCUUAUGACCAAAGGUACGGGUAGGAACGUAGAUCGCCUGGUAAACUGAAAGCUUUGCCUUUUGGCUCAGCUCUCUCUUCACCACAAGAUCCAUGCAGAGUCCAUGUUCUAUCCUUCCCUCACUCGUGAACAAGACCCCAAGGCACUUAAACUCCUCCACUUCGGGCUAGACUUCAUCCUUUUCAGGGCAAGAAACAUGGGCUCGGACUUUAUUGUUUCGAUGAAAUUGAGCAGACAGUAAAUGGAGUUGAUUUGGGAUGUUGGGAGACAGACACGGUCUCUGUGGAGUUUAGGGUGCGUACCAGUUCGGGGAGCACAGUGAAGUCUGUUGAAUGAUCAUUACACUUUUGUGCCUCUGACUCUUUGGUGUCAGGGGCAAGACAUGCUGAUAAACCCAGCCCUAACCAGAGUGGGGUGGACACCGUCUCUUCCUAAUAAGCCCAGACUUGCCCCAGAAACGCUGCCAGUGGUCUAAAGCUUACAUCGUUUGCGGGACACCACUCCGUCAACCAGCAACGGAAUGAUGACAUGUCAUCACUUGUCAGAUCGGGAAGGGGGUCCGACUAAACCAGAGUCCGACAUGGCCCAAGCAAGUUCCUGUCAGACUCCUUUAAACACUUUGUCAUUGCCAAAUGAGCAGUUGCAUGUGAAUCUGAUAUUACAGCCUGUGAAUACACGCAGCCCAAAUAUAGCGCACGAUAUGCAAGUCUCGAAGUUCCAUGCAUCGAUGCAUCUAACCAUAGUCUGCAUAUCCUAUUAGACUUUGCAAUGGUGUGCACCAGUAAGGUUUAAUAAAUCUCCCACAAAUAGAACUUACUUAACAAAAUAAGGAGAUCGGUAUAUGGCAAAUAAAUGACAUCAACAUGGAACAGUAGAAAUUCGGUGCGAUAACCACUAACACCUUUUGGACUGAUGGAUUUUUAUUUGAGGUGUGGAAAUUCCUUACAGAAGCCAAAAACAUGCAUUAACAUACCACUGCAAAGCCAAGGUUAGUGAACCCAGACUUUACUCGCUUAUUAGCCCUAACUACCCCUUUGGAAAUAUACAUCUACGCUUGGCACACAGACCUCUAAUAACAAACGGGCUAACAACCAGUCAUUAUGGGGGCUUGAGCAGGAGAUUUACAAAUCUUAGGUUGAGUAGUAUUGGACACGUUUGAAAAUGGUUAUUCCAUCAAGGGCAAAGGGAGCUGCGUGAUAAAAUCGUAUGAUUUAUUCACGGCGGCUGAUAAUUACUGGUGUCUUGUCACCUGUCAAGAAUGAAUGGACAGAGAGUCAGUGUCUGUAGUCUACACGGUCUUUACAACGCAGCAGUAAAUCUGAAAUGUUUGUCAAGCCAUAAAUCCAUAGCAUGUGGUAAAGGCUGUGCUCUCCUUGGAGCGGAGCGGAAUUGGCUGAAUUGUUUUACUUGAAAAGGUUUGCAGAAGAUCAGCAGGGUUAUUCAAAAGGUGUGUAAGUGACUGAAAACCCAAUGGAAUGGAUCAUAGGUUGAACAGAAAACAAUAAGAAUACUUACCUACAAAAGUAAACAAUCACUCGUUCUGGCUAACAAACUUUGACCCACAACAGGUUGAUAGAUUUGAAGAUUGUCAAAAUAUUUUCUAUUGUGAUAAUUGUAAUUUUCUGUAUUCUAAACAUUGACAACACACAGGCCUGUCCAAUCGAGUAGUCUAGUCAUGAGAGUCUUAUGUGCUUGAAGGAAGAUUAUAUUAUACAGUAUGUACCUGUAGAACAAAAGUUCUAUUCAACAACACAUGGUGGCAAAAAAUAUUUUCGAUCAAAUCUUGAGGGUUUAAAUUGUGCUUUAUCCCAUUAUUCGAUUCAUUGAACACAAUUAAUCAAUAGAUUACCUGAUUACAAAAACAAUUGAUAGUUGCAGCCCUACAACUAAUUACUUCAAAGUAAUUUGCCCAACACUAAUUCAUCUUCCAGACAGAAAAGCGUUCUCACCAUCAAGAGAUGUCUUGAAGCGCCGCAACACUGGGUUGUAAUUGUUUGUGUCUAAAAGCUGCAACACAAAGAAGAGAAAAGGAAGGAAGUGGAUUUUCUCAACGACCGUCAGGUCAGCGUCUGAGGGCUUCCCCUUUAGUUAUCCAGCCUGAUGCACUGGUCCAGAAACCUAGCACAUUUUGCGAUACGUGGGACUUGUGUCAUUCAUGGAUCUGUUAUUCCACUGAAGAGAUGGAGAUGUUCGUGCAGGUAUUUGUUCCAAGACAUUUAAAUCACCUAACUACAGUAAGUCAUCAUUAAACAAUGCUAAGCACUAAAGUUCUGCACCAGUCUCCAUGUAUACAAAUGGAACCAUGUUCACGAGCAACACGUUCUGGAAGACAGAUAGCCUCAGCCAGCAGCAAUUGCAGGUUCUAAUUGUAAAGUAUUUGGCCUUGUUUUUUUCCUCUCGCUUUGAAGUUGAGGCUUUGCUCCGCUCUUGUCCUGAGGUGCUGCCCAAGCCUGAUUUAUGAGGAUGGUUUCCAGGGAAGCUACUUUAAAUUACAUGGCCCUUAAACCUGAGCGGAGAGAGACAGGGAGAGGGGUGAAUCGCCACUCUUGAGACCCCUAAUUGCAAGACAAAUCUAACCUAGGGUAGAUAAGAAGGUUCCCAGACCUGAGAAAAUGGCAAAUGUGUUGAAAAGACUGGGUCACUUGGAUAACUGUGCAAUUUGUCCUGAAGAACUCACGUUGCAGAACAAAUGCAUUCACUGCUAUUUGCAGCAUAGUAGAGAUAAAGGCCUGAAAAGGAAAACAUUUGACAAGCACUAAUUCUCAAAUAAGCCACUUGUAAUUGCUGUCAGGACUUAUAGGAGCACCCACCCCUCUAUAAAGACCCAAAAUGAAACCUGGAUUGAUAUUUCCCGAUUAUGAUGUGUUUUGUUUUGCAUGCCGGCAUAAAGUGUUGCAACUUGUAAGGGAUGUGAGGGAGAGUCAGAGGAGGAGGAGGAGGUGACAGUGCCAUUUGGCUGAAGGGCACUCAUAAACUUGGAGAGGGAGAGAGUGCACCAUUCCUUACAGGUGACUGUACCAUGUGACUUCAGGCGCUAUAAAAAGCAGGCCAACCUGUCCUGGGGUACAAGUGAUCAGCAGAGGAGUCAGGGGAGGAGAAUAGCCGGGCUGUCGGCAAAGUAGCAAACACCGACAGCCCUCAGCAUUUGCAGGGUUCUUGUUCUUACCUACAUCAAGUGCCCACUACUUCGACACAAUGAGCUGCAGCAGUGUCGCAGAAUCAGAGUUCUCAGAGGAAGAGCUGGAGCUUGGUGCCCUUGGACAAGGUGAGAGUGAGGGAAGUCCCAAGGCAUCGUUCCAGGACAGUGAGAGCUCCACUAGCAGCCCAAGCGGCCCAGAGGAGGGCCAGACCAAGAAGCGCAAUAGGCCGGUUCGCUCCAAAGCUCGACGUAUGGCAGCCAAUGUCCGUGAGAGAAAACGCAUUAUGGACUACAACCAGGCCUUCAAUGCUCUACGGGUCGCCUUGAACCACGACCUUAGCGGCAAACGGCUCUCGAAAAUCGCCACGCUGCAGAGGGCCAUCAAUCGGAUCUCUGCUCUUUCUGUGUUCCUGAGCACUAACCCUCCCAGCAAGCCCUGCACCCAUCGGGAAUGCAACAGGUCAUCGGUGGGGCCGGUGCCAAUGGCAACGUCUCGAGCCGAGCCGACAAGGGUGACCAUCCCUCAUCUGGAGCACCAGAGUUAUGCUCCCUGGCAUGCAUCCAUCUCCCAACAGAUGCAGCCACAACAGGGACCUCACUUGUACAGGCUUCCCAUGGAGCCUCACGUCUACAUGGAUAGCAGCAUCUCCUCAUGCCCCCCAUCACCGCACUACCCGUGUUAUCCCACAGAAGGACAGCUUUACGCCUCACGUGGCCACUGUGGCAGCCCUCAUGAACAUCCACCAAGCCCACUGCGAUUCUCUCAGGUGGGUGACGGGUUCGGGUUCCAGCCUGGAUUAUGGGGCUCCUGCACUCAGGGUUACAUGGACACUUUUGUGGAGCCAUCUCCAGCUUUGGGACUUCCCUGGCAGGUGAACUACCUGCAGGAUCAGGAGCACAACCUCUCUGUGGGCUCAGAAAUACUGUGAACUACUGUGAACACCAUUGAACUGUUCACUGAUCUCAGGGAAGAUUUUGGUGAUUGAUCAACUCAGUAUUACAGUCCAGACCUGAGUCAUGAAAUGUAAUUAACCAAAUAUAAAUAUGAGUGCAAUGAUCAGCUGCAGAAUGUUGCGUACGUUCUUAAAGAAUGUUUCACUAUAUUGACAUCAUUCACACAAAAUGGUGUUGUUGUCAUUCACUGAUUGCCAUACAAAAGCUGGAUUAUAUUAUGUAUGUUAUAUUUGCCAUUGAGCAAUCAAGAGCUGCAUAAGUACUUACAUGCUACACUGUUAAGAAAUGCACACAUUUCUUCCUUUUUUUGUGCAUCUUAAGGAAAUGUGAUCAUUUUAACACAUCUGCCAACAUUUUUGUACAAAUGUAUUUAUUUCCUCUUUUGUCAUACAAGUUGCAACUGUCUGUAUAUUGUUUGUAUAUUUGUAAAGUCAUUUUCUAAACUUCCAAAUCAAAUAUUCAAAUUACGUGUUGGUUAUUUGUUUCUGGUGACUUCCAUGCAUCACUUUAGUAGCACUUCCAUGUGUGCAACGUGUGCGAGAUUAUAGCCUCUGGCCAGCAGCCUCUACCAUCCACGCGUGUCAUGUCUUGUCAUGUUUUGGAGCUACAUAAA